CGGGGUCUAAUUAGGACGUAGGGCCAAUCAGCAGCGGCGUUGUUUUUGCGACUCCACGUCGGCACCAGCUGCAGGGCAAGAUGGAGCCGCUGAUUUUGGAACCCUCCCUGUAUACUGUCAAAGCCAUCCUGAUUCUGGACAAUGAUGGAGAUCGACUUUUUGCCAAGUACUAUGAUGACACCUAUCCCAGUGUCAAGGAGCAAAAGGCCUUUGAGAAGAACAUUUUCAACAAGACCCAUCGGACUGACAGUGAAAUCGCUCUCUUGGAAGGCCUAACAGUAGUGUACAAAAGCAGUAUCGAUCUCUAUUUCUAUGUGAUUGGCAGCUCCUAUGAAAAUGAGCUGAUGCUCAUGGCUGUUCUGAACUGCCUCUUUGACUCAUUGAGCCAGAUGCUAAGGAAAAAUGUAGAAAAGCGAGCUCUGCUGGAGAACAUGGAGGGGCUCUUCUUGGCUGUGGAUGAAAUCGUAGAUGGAGGGGUGAUCCUAGAGAGUGAUCCCCAGCAAGUGGUACACCGGGUGGCACUGCGGGGUGAAGAUGUCCCCCUUACAGAGCAGACUGUGUCUCAGGUGCUGCAGUCAGCCAAAGAACAGAUCAAGUGGUCACUCCUUCGGUGAAGACCCUCCUGUUCCUGGCUCCUCACCCCCUCAAAAAAUCCGCAUGUCUGCUGUGACUUCUCAUCCAAUCCCCCAGCUGAUGCUCUCAGGAUCAUCUCGGGGGUCACAAGGGAUCCUUAAAUCUUCAUCUUGUCUGUGGUUGCUCCCUCCAAACCCCUAGGCGCUUCCCAUUCCUUCUCACUUUUUUGCAGUUCUGGGAGUAAAGCUCCCAGGAGAAUUGGAUGCAGAGCAGGGGAAACACCUCUUCCUUUCUAGACUGGAUUAUGCUCCUAUGUUUUCCUACCCUGCAUAUUUUCUUCUUAACUUCUGUGCCCUUUGCUGCAGCUACACAUCAGAUCAAAGCAGGAGAAAGAA